AUGGGUAGCGGUGGCGUAGGAAACGUUGAACUCCCCGCAGCUUACAGUGCAGCUGCAACUCAACAUAACGCCACCGUGGUCGGAUACUGUCGAACUGCACUGGCAGCGGUUGCUGGAGUUGCAGCCGGCAUCCUUGGACUCACAGGGAUAAUUGGGUUCUUAUUCUACUUGAUGGCAAGCAUGGUACUCUCCCUCCUUCUCCUGCACAAGACUGGACUGGAGUGGCGAAAGUACUUUCCCAGCGGAUACACCCUCUUCGCUGGUCUCAUAUUCAGUGAAAUUACGACCUAUAUACUUUGCUGGACGUUUAUUUACGGAAUGGUCCAUGUUUACUAA